AGUUACCACUAAGCUAGCAUUGGGAAAUGACGUUAAUGCUGGCGUCGAUGGGUUUGUGUUUUCUGUGUGGAAAGCUGGCUAACAUAAAACAAAAAUAACACAAGCAAAGUCCAAUGCAGAGCGCUGAAGGUGAGAGAGGUGAAGGAGGAGAAGGAGGCUGGGAGGAUGGAAGGCCCAACCAAGAUGAGGAAUUCAACAAGCUACAGGAAGGACUUGAUAAAACAGCAGAGGACGAGGGAGCGACUACCCCACCUGUGGAUCAGACAGAACCAGAGCCUGCUGACUCAGCCCGUCAGCCUCACCCUGGCCUUAUAGAUGCAGAUGAAGACUCCCUUGUGGCCACAAAUUCAGUGCAACACAAUGUUGCUCAGUUGCUGGUGAUUCCUCACUUCUCAAACCUUCACACAUCAGAAGACAUGGAGGAUCAGGAGCCACUGCCAGAGGAUGAGGAAGAGGAGGAGUUCAUUGUUCUUGACCCUGAACAUCCCCUGGUCAGAAGGCAACAAACUGCUCUGAACAGCCAGCUGAGCAAGCAGCUGGAGAGGAUCAACCUGGGACUGAAGGAAAAGCUGGCAGUAGAGAAGGCAGAUGCCAGCCACUUGCAGGAUAUAGGUUGUGAGAUGUAUACAAUUCAGGAGCAGCUGGCCAGGCUCUAUACCAGGCUGGAGGACCGUCAUCACACCAAGGUACAGGCAGAAGCCAAACAUCGGCAGGCACAGGAUCAACUGGAGGCAACAAAGAGCUACUAUUCCAGUACUACCAGCCAGUGCAGCAAAGCCAAAGCCAAUGUGUCCCAGCUACAGGCGGAGAUUGACAACCUGAUGCUGCACCUCGUCUUCACACAAGGAGUCAGUGAAGAUCUGCGUUCUAAUGUCAAAGCCAUGAAGAAUGCUAGACGCAAAGCAGGAGCUGAGAAGGACCAGGCCGAAGAGCAGAAAUUAAAGCAGGAUUUGUAUGUGGAGCGUCUAACAAAGGACAUGGAGAAGCUGACGCAGCAGAUGGCCAUGUAUGAGGCCCAGGCUAGUGCUCAAGCAGAGGAGACACAGGCAGCUAAAGAGGCCCACUCUGAGGCAGAGAUGGAAAUGGAGUCUCUGGUGAUGGCACGUAAACAGCUGCUACAGCAGUGGAACAGCAGCCUGGUGGGCAUGAGGAGACGAGAUGAGGCCUUCAAUGCGAUGCAGGAGGCUGUGCGUGCUGUCGAGCACCAGGCAAUCUUACUGGAAAGAGAGAAAGAAGGCUACAAGAAAUCCACCACUGAGGAGCAGGAGCAAAAUGAGACACUGACUUUGCAGCUGAAUUGGUCCCAGAUGGAUGUAGCCACCUCUAAAAAGCUGAUCAGUCAAAAGCUGUCCCAGCAAGAGGCUCUGCAGGCUCACUACAGCACCAACCUCCGUACUCUGAGGGAGACAGAGUGCACCCUUGCCAGGCUCACAAAGGAAACCAGUGCCAACCAGGUUGAAGUCAACGAUCAGAGGAGGCAGUUGGAGAAAGAAAGUGCUGUGCGUCUGGAGUUGGAGGAGAAGAUCAUGACGCACAUGCAGCAGAAGCUCACACACAACAAGGCUGCCAAGUACUCCCAAUGGCUCACCAGCAAGAUAGCCACACUCAAGAAAGAAAAGAUAUCUCAGUUGUGGCAGUUGGAGAACGAGGUGGUGGCGGUGGGACUGGAGAGCGGCGAGGUCAGCCAACAUCUGGACAGCCUGGCCCUCACUCAGGAUGCCCUCGAUGAGGAGAUUGCAAAUUACAACAAGUUACUCACAUCCAACCAGGCUAAGAUUUCUUCCUUCAUUACAAUCAUCGGGCAGAAGCAGGCCAUCAUCACAAACUACAAUAGAAAGAUCUGUCAUAUCGCAGCCAGCACUGGGAAUGAAGACCUGAGUCCUCUGCAGAUCAAAGUAGAGGCAUUGAUGGCUCAGAUUGAGGAGCUUGCAGCAAAUAUCAAGAGUGACCAGCAGCUCUGGAUGAAACAGCAGGGGAUUCUAGUAGGACUGAGCCAGGAGAUAGAGGCCAACAGGAAGAACAUGCUCAAACUGCAGACAGAGUACACUGGCAUGCAGCAAAAGAAAAUACGCCUGGAGAGUCAGAUUGAAGCAGAAAACCAAGAGCAGACAGAGAUGGAGAAGAACAUGAAGAUGUUGAGGGGAGACUUGCUGAAGCUCAACACCUUGCUCAGCAAGAACGGACAGCUCAGCCAGGCGCUGGAGCAGGAGAAUGCACUGAUUGAGACAGAUUUCCUUCACAGACUGAAGGAGGCAGAGUGGGAGUCAGUUGAGAUGCAGAUGAAACACGAGAAGACCCAGGAGGAAAAAGAGAGACUCCUCAACAGUCUGGUGGAAGCUGAGCGGCAGAUCAUGCUGUGGGAGAAGAAAACCCAGCUUAUAAAAGAGACGCGUUCAGCUGUGGAUUCUGAGGUGGGCCAGGGAGACAUCCAGAUGAUGAAGGCUGAGAUCCACCGUAUGGAGGUGCGACUCAACCAGCUGAUGAAGCAGCAGGAACUGCUGCUGAGGGAGAGUGAAGCAACAGUGGCGAGGAGGGAGACCAUCGUUCUCCGCAGGGAGGCCAUGGUCAACAGCUCCCACAAACAAACUACGAAGGGCGAGUUGAGCCGCUUCAUACAGGGCCUGCAGCGCAAGAUUCAGGACACACAUAAGCAUGUGACAGAGUGUGAACAGGUGAUCAGGGAGCUACAGGAGAGCCAGGUGAGUCUGAGUGACAGACUUGCACAGCAAAAGCAGCAGCUGAUAGAACUGUGCGGCACCAGCUACGCCCUUGAACCUGACUUCAUAAGUCUCCAGGAUACCAAAGACAGGAACCUGCUGCACCUGGUGUCUCUACAGAGCCGAACCAAGAAGCUGCAGGGGGUGUGUGAGGGCAACUACCAAGCCUCAUCCACCAGCGAGUCAGUAGGAGCCGCUCUGCAAAGCCAGAUGGAGCGGGUUCACUCUACCAGCACCAUCCUGCACCGUGUGUGUGAGGAGUUUCCCCAGCACCAGGGGGCGCUCCGCAGGUUGUCAUUAGCAUUGGCAGCACGCACACAGGCCCUGGAUCAGCAGGCAUCCUGAGAGUGAGGGAAGAAUAUAGGCAUGACAGUGAGUGCAGGAGAAGAAAUGCAGAGGAUGGAAAGUGAGUACAAAUGAGGUUAAGAUAAGAGAGAAAGAUUACAUGUACUAGAUAGAUUUGUGAAGAACAACAGGCGAUUUAUUUUGGUGUUUGUAUUGUGUUAUGCUUUGAAUGAAAAAAUGAUUGUGAAACAAUGAAACAAAAUAAACACUCAUGAAACCAGAAGAAAAAACAGCUAAAUCUGUCAUAGUGUUUGGCUUUUUCAAUCCAGCUGCGAGGUUGGAAAGUAACUGAGGUUUGUGGCUCAGUAGUACUGUACCAUUUAAAUGAUGAAGG